AGUCCUGUGUUGUCUAAAAUAUCCUCGGUCCUGUCCCGUCCGUCACAUGCAGCAGAAUGGAUUUAAUUAGCCAAUAUCCGCUGGUUAAUGUGUGGCUGAAGGCACAAUAAACAGGCCAUGUUUAUCCAUCAUUCGGCCUAACAUUAGCAUCUCAUAAAGCUUCAGGACCCUUAUAGUCUGUGGAUGGAGUCAACACCUGAGCUUUCAUUGUCUUGUGUAGUAGCAGCAGCAAGAGACUUAAAGAUUAAGGUUUCUUGCCAUCCGUCACAACAGCAAGAAAAGAAUGGUCAAAUACUUUUGUAACAGCACAGACAUCAGGAGUACAUGGGACCAUGUUGUCUCUGCUUUUUGGCAGAGAUAUCCUAACCCAUUCAGCACCCAUGUUCUCACAGAGGACGUUGUGUACCGGGAGGUGACUGCGGACCAUCGACUCCUUUCUAGGCGUCUCUUGAUGAAGACCAAUCGGUUGCCUCGCUGGGCAGAGCACUUCUUUCCCUCUGGCAUGUCUCGCUCCGUGUAUAUCAUUGAGGACUCUAUCGUGGACCCGGUCAACAGGAGCCUGACCACAUACACCUGGAACCUCAACCACACUACACUCAUGUCAGUUGAAGAACGUUGUGUUUUCCAAGACUCGUUGGAGCAGCCAGCCAGCACCCAGCUGAAACGGGAGGCUUGGAUAUCCUCCAGCAUUUAUGGCUUCUCCAGACCUAUCCAGGAGUUUGGAUUGGCACGCUUUAAGAGCAACCAGGUGAAGGCUAUGAAAGGGCUGGAAUAUGCGCUGUCGAAUUUACAAGGACGUUCUCCCAUUGUUGUGAUUCUGUCCCACUGCCCCUGUGUUGAUGGGACUGCAGGGAUUGGCAUCAGGCUGAGCGUCAUGGAGAGACGCCCCAGCGGCUGCUCAGGGACACGGUGAAGGAUGCGUCAGAGAAGGCCAAGGAGGCGGCCAAGACGCUGGCUUCAGCUACAGUCCCUCAGAAACCACAGCAGUACGUCUGACAGGACAGGAUGCAAAGCCCUGCCCGCUGACGGGAAAUCAACCCAACGCCUUCUGAUGAUCUCCAUCAUCACGGCCGGACCGAGGUCGUACGGGGAUAUCAAUGGACGCUGCUUGAGGUCUUUGAACUUUGCGAUCUUUCUGUGCUGUGUCUGUUAGAUUACGACCGACUUCGUUCUCUGCUCUGACGACUGAAGCUUUCAUUAAAUCUCAGGUGCUGAGCCUUUGUAUGAAACCUACUGCCUUUGUUUUAACUUUCAGACGUCGACCAGCUCAAUCUGGUAACACUGUAACAAUGUCAGCUGGAAAUGCACACUUUGGCCAAUGUAAGACGCACACGUAAUCUAGUAUUUGAACCUAGUGAGAUGUUUUUAUGCAAGAUGAUUCUAUUUUUCAUGAACAGUUUGGCACUUUGGGUUUUCAUUUAACAGCCAAUGACAAUGCAAGUAGCUAGGGCUAAAACUAACAGAUAUUUUCAUUAUUGAUGAAGCUGUCAGAUUAUUUUCUGUAUUUCUUGAUUAAUGGUUUACUAUAUAUCAAAAAAAAAAAAAAUCUCUUGUAGCCUCAAAUGAACACCUUCAGAGUCUUUUUUUUUUUACCCAGUAACCGUCCAACAUGUAAAGAUGAGUCACUGCUUCUCACGGAAGACAAAGAAAGGGCAGAAAAUUUGGUUAUUGUCACAUUUAAGCCGCAAACGUUUGUUAAUUUUGCUUGAAAAGUCAGUAAAAUAAUCAAUUAUCAAACUAUUAGUUUUUCCCCUUAUCGACUGAUCAGCUGUAGCGAGUACCACAUUACGUUCUAGUUAUUGUUGAUUCGACCAAACAAUGAAACUGUGACUGUUUUUACUCGGCAAGAAACAACGUCGAUUUUAACUGAAUGGGUAAAUACAAGGCAGAUAUGUCCAUAGCUGGAGAAUAUCAUUUUUCAUCAAACAGCAUGCAAUAUAUUCUGUUAUAUUGCAAGCGGUUAGUGUGUGUGCCUGCAGAGUUUGUACUGGAACACUGAUAAUACAAACAUACCAAAGUGACUUAAUGUGAGAAGUCAUGAUGAACCAUGUCUGUGAUUAGCCUUUAUCUGUACGACUGUCUCUGAGAUGUUUUAGCCACUAUUGAUUAUUUCUGCCUGUUAAUAUGAAGCUUAACUAUUUUAGGAAAAUGACAUUGUUCUUAACAUUUCAAUGAUUGCAUUCCCUUAUAGAUAGAGUUAACUGGAUUUUCUGCUGCAAGACUUGAAUUACAGUUGAAUAAUUAAUGUUAUUUAUAUUGAAUGAUUAUUUUAGCAUAGUUUGUAUUACUGGGUCUUUAUUUUAGCCAGGUAGCCAGAUAUUUUGUCUACAUCAUAUCUCAGAACAGCAUUUGCAAGCGUUAAAGGUGUUUGUCCAUCUGUAUUAGUUUAGUCAUGCAGGACAGUCCGAUCAUCUUUAACUUUGCAGGUAUAAGUUUUGUUUUUCAUUGUGAAAAUGGAGUUAAAUAAAAUUUGAUGUAAUUUAUA